CCUCUUCUUUUGGAUUAUUUGCAAAUCUACCCUCUGUUCACCUCCUCACCGUACCUAUAACGCAUUUAUCGUCUAUAAAGAGUGAUCUACAGAAGAGAUUUUUCAUCGCUACGUUUGUUCCUUCUUGCACAGGACUGGUUGUAGUCAUUUUUUGAAACAAUGGCAAAUCAGACUACAAAUAUUGCACUUGGGACUGCAUUUUUUGGUGUGUUGGCCUUUAUUUUUGGUGUGGUUGCUGAAAAUAAAAAGCCUGCUCAGGGAACUCCAAUUCUGAUGAAAGGUUAUGUUAUGUGCAAAUUUCCAAGUGAUCCAACAGUUGCAUUAGGAAGCUUAUCUAUUGUGGCGCUUGCGAUAUCUGCUGCUAUUGGGCUGUUUUCUGUGUUCUUCCCCUAUAAAGGAAAGUCUGUUCCGAAAGGCGCCCUUUUCCAUGGGAUGACAAUGCGUGUGUUCUUCAUCGUUGCAGUCCUGGUCUCCAUUUUUGCUGAAGCAAUGUUGCUGUGGGCGACCAUAACCGAAGGCCUUCACCGCUCCCUCAACAAACACAAUGACAUGGACUAUGCGUGCCCAACUGCCAAAACUGGACUUUUUGGUGGCGCUGGCUUCUUGGCUCUUGAUGCCUCUCUCUUCUGGCUCGUCUCCCAGAUGCUAACACUGAAUGCCAGAGCUGAUUACUUGGAAGAAGAUGACCCCAAAGGAUCUUAUGGAGAGGUUCACACUACUGAGUAUGAUUCUAAUACUGCAGCUCAUCCAUGAUUCCGAACAAUCACAUUGAACACAAAUAUAUUCAUAGAUAUAUGUCUUAUUCAACUGCUUCAGGAUGAGUGAAUUCUGUUCAUGUGGAUAUAUAUAUAUAGAUACACUUUGGUUCUUGAUUUGUUUGUGGAUGGAAAAUCCAGAAAAUUUAUGUUCCCUAUCUGUCUUAAAGUAAAGCCGAAGGCGAGCUAUUGCACUUAGUUUUCUGAUUGGUUU